UACAUACUACUAAUAAAGGAGCUUGUUUCAUGCAGACUGCAGGAAUGAUGAAAUGUUCUAAAUGGGAAGCAAGCAAGCAGAGGACAUCAAGAAUCUCCUUCUCAAGAUAAUAAUUCCCUUGGCUUUUCCCCUGGCAGGUUCUUUUAUCUGCGGCCUCAUAGCAGAUAGAGCAAUCAGGCACAGUGACCUAGACUCGUCUGGUAACUCGAUCCAGUUGGAUCAAUCAUCAUCGUCAGACGGUUUGAGAUUGAUUCAAGGAGAAGAGGGAGGAGGAGAAAUGGAGUCCCCGAACCGGGCGCCGUGGAAGCUGGUGCAAGCGGAGACCCCCUACAGCACCGGCAGGCUCCACGGUGGCGGCCACGCGAGGCGGGCUUCUGUUACUGAGGAAAUCACGGUGGCGCAGGACACCGAGAGCUCAUCGGAAGUUUCAGUCAACAACCAGAAGUUCCAGGGUGUGGAGGGGACGUCCGCCGGCGCCGAGGAGGUCGAGAGCCUGAAGCGCGUGGUGUCGGCCCUCGAAGAGCGAGCCGCCGGCAUCGAGUCGCGGUUCCACGACUACUGUGACGCGAAGGAGCAGGAGUCGACGUACCAGAAGAUGCAGAUCAUGUGCCUGGGGAUGAAGCUGGAGCUGCUGGAGUCGCAGAACCAGCGGCUCGAGGCGGCCGCCACGGAGAUCCGGGCGGCCGCCGAAGAGUUCGCCGUGAUGCGGGCGAGCCUCGACGCGCUGCAGAGCAAGUUCAGGAAGGUUGCCAGGAAGAGCAGACAAGAGUUCGACGCCAUUGAUGGAAGGAUCCUGGCUUUGGAUGCCCGGGAGGCAGAGAUGGCAACGAGGUGCCGAGGCUUUGAGCAGCUCAUGGCGGAGAUGAAGGAGCUGGUUUUGCAGCUGCAGAAGGGGAAAGGAACAGACAGUGAGAGCGUGGAGGUCGCCGUGGAGAGGAGCAUGCGGAAGCUGUCGAGCAGCAAGGACCUGCUGGACGGUAUGGAGGUGCUCCGGGACCGGUGGGCGGCAGACAUGGAGGAGCUGAUCUACCUCGGCUGGAUCACGGCGUGGCUGCAGCACGACCUCCUGGUCAGCGACGGCGAGGGCGGCGCCGCCAAGGGCCCGGUGGCGAUUGGGGACGACGACAAUGACGCCGACCCGACGGCGGAGGAGCAGCGCAAGAAGGGGGAGAAGAUGGUGGCGGUGGCCGCGCCGAUCAACGAGGUGGAGCUCCGCAAGACGUCGUCCGACGCGUCGUCGUGCGCCGCGGGAGAGGAGUCGUGCAUGGGGCUGGCGGGCUGCAGGACAGGGAUCGGACGGCCAAGAUUGCUCCGCAAGAUCAGAGGGUGGGCCAGGGGAAAGGGUCCAAUCAAGGGCAGUGAGUCAUAAUUCAUGGACGCGUCUAGCGGGCAGCCGUUGACCCGCUAGCGCUUCACAGCGGCCGGCUAUUAAAUGAAAAGUGUUUGUCUCUUUAUCCCAAUUAAGAAAAAUUUCUAUGGUCCCAGCUAGUUAAACAGAAAAU